UUAAACCUCAGAGGAAGAAGAUUAGUUUUCAGCAUGAUCUCUGGUGUUGUGUUGUGGAACUGGUUUAAUACAAACUGUUAGAAGAGUACUUUUAGUAUAUAGAAAGAUACAUGUUGAAUCAGGUCAAUAAAUACUUGUAAUAUUUCCAUUCAUAGACGUGACUAAGUUUUGAAGCAAGCAGGAAUAUCUGGAGGAGUAUCAACUGAACUGAGAUCUGCUGCUGUGAAGAUGGUGUUUGUUAAAGAGGAGAGUGAGGAGGACAUGAGUGAACCAGAACCCUGGAGAAUAAAACACGAGGAACAAGGAGGCCUGGUGAAAGUGAAAGAGGAAAGAGAAGAUCUGAAUGAAGUGGAAGAGAAAUAUCAGCAUCAGAAAGCUCAUGAUGUCACCGCUGAAGAAAAACCAUUGAGUUGCUCCAAAACUGAAAACAGUUGCUCACAAAGCAGCAUUCAAAUAACAGAAGUCAAAAGACCUUUCAUCUGUUCUCAGUGUGGAAAGACUUUUAAACAUAAAGGAAGCCUUAGGACUCACAUGAUAAUUCACACAGGAAAAAAUCCUUUUACCUGCUCCAAGUGUGGAAAAAGUUUUACACAGAAAGGACACCUUAAUGAUCAUUUGGUAACUCACACUUCAGAAAAGCCUUUCACCUGCCCUCAGUGUGAAAAGACUUUCACACGUAAAGGAAGCCUGAAGAAUCACAUGUUGAUUCAUAUUGGAAAAAGGCCUUUCACCUGCUCACAGUGUGGAAAGAGUUUUACAUGUAAAGGACACCUCAAGAAUCACAUGCUAACUCAUGCUGAAAUAAAGCCUUUCAUCUGCUCUCACUGUGGAAAGAGUUUCACAUGUAAAGGACAACUUAAUGAUCAUUUGGUAAUUCACACUUCAGAAAAGCCUUUCAACUGCCCUCAGUGUGGAAACACUUUCACACGUAAAGAAAACCUUAAGAAGCACAUAUUAAUACAUACCGGAAUAAAGCCUUUCACCUGUUCUCAGUGUGGAAAGAGCUUUACACAGAAAGGACACCUUAAGGAUCAUUUGUUAACUCACAAUUCAGAAAGGCCUUUCACCUGCCCUCAGUGUGGAAAUACUUUCACACGUAAAGGAAACCUUAAGAAUCACAUGUUAAUUCAUGCUGGAAUAAAGCCUUUCAGCUGCUGUCAAUGUGGAAAGAGUUUUACACAGAAAGCACACCUUGAGUAUCAUUUGUUAAUUCACACUUCAGAAAAGCCUUUUACCUGCUCUCAGUGUGGAAACAUUUUCACAUGUAAAAGAAGACUGAAUGAGCACAUGUUGAUUCAUACUUGAAAAAGGGCUUUUACCUGCUCUCAGUGUGGAAACUUUCACACAUAAAGGAAGCAUUUCACCUGCUCUCAAUGUGGAAUAUUAAGAGAAUUCACAUUGAAGAGAUGCCUUACACACGUCAUCUGUGUGAGAAGUUUCAAAUGGAUCACGAGUCUCAGAUCUCAUCUGCACUAUUCUCACUCUGCAGAAAGGCAAUUUAAAGGAGCAGUAAGCGAUUUCUGAUAAACUGUUGAAUGUGGUUCAGACCGAACUCCACAGUUUUUUUAUAUAGAUUGUGAAAAAAUAAUUCAAUAAUUCAUAUGAUAAACUUUCAUGACUCACUGUGAGUGCACGUGUGUGAGAGAAAGUGAUAGAGGGCGCUCUCAGCCAAGCGACGGUGUGUAAAUCUUACAGGCAAUGAAAUUAAAUCUGUGCUAAACUUAUUUUUUGCCUCUAAAUCAAUUACAGGUGACUGAAAUUGUACUAGCCAUUGUCUAAUAAUAUAUAUAUAUAUAUAUAUAUAUUUUAUUUAUUUAUUUUUUUGUCGUCUCGUGAAAUUUACUUGCAUUGUAGAGGGUUGUGUAGUGUUAUCUACUGUGAGGAGGUACAAAUUAUUGUUCAGUUUACAUGUAACACAUUGCUACACAAAUAAAUGUACUGUAU